GCAGUGUGCUGGCUCACUGCCUCACCGGCACAUGACCUCGCAUACUCCUUGUGGGCCGGAUGACGUCUGUCUGCUUCCUAAUCUGUCUCCCGCCCCCGAGGCUUUAUAGGCUGCAGUAAUGAGCGCAGCUAAGUGAUAGAUCUGUUUACACUUGCGGACGUCACAUCGGCCUCAACGCGUUCAUCUUCAGCUCCUGACAGCCCAGCGAAUAGAACAAUCGAGCACAAAGUGGACGUAGUGAUGGAGACAAUGACUUACCCAAUGGGUGGCGGGGCCACCAGGCUGUACAGCGCCUUGGCUCAUACCCUCAGCAGCAGUGGCGGCAGCAGCCGUCGUGUCCCCCUCCCUCUGACCCACUUGGACCCCUACCAGCCAGCGGACACAACCCUGGAUCCUGAUUUCUGCCAUGAGCAAAAGGGUUCCACGAUGAGUCCUCUCGAUCCGGCCGAGGUUCUGCAGCAGUGCGAGGAGGCCCUUAGCGAUCGACCGGCGCGAUUCCGCAGGACUUUCAUUCGACCCUCGAAUGGCAACGGCGACACCAUUCGGGUGAUGCAGUGGAACAUUCUGGCCCAAGCUCUCGGCGAAGGACUUGACAGUUUUGUGCUGUGCCCUCCGGAGGCCCUCAGCUGGUUGCGAAGGAAGUACCUCAUCCUAGAUGAGAUCCUCACCUACCGACCUCACAUCCUGUGUCUCCAGGAAGUGGACCACUACUUUGACACCUUGCAGCCGGUUCUGGCCCGUCUGGGUUACAGCAGCAGGUUCUGCCCCAAACCCUGGUCGCCGUGUCUGGAUGUCGAGGGCAACAACGGCCCUGAUGGCUGUGCGCUCUUCUUUGAUGAGUCACGUUUCGAGUUUUUGGAUUGCGUCAGCUUACAGCUCUCUGCCAUGAUGAUUCCAACCAAUCAGGUCGCUUUGGUGAUGAUACUGCGUUGUCGAAGCACAGGGAGGUGUGUUUGCGUAGCCGUGACCCACCUAAAGGCGCGCUCAGGCUGGGAGUGGCUCCGUAGCGCCCAGGGGUCGGACCUCCUGCGUCAGGUCCAAAAUGUGGUCCAGAAACAUGCGGUCAGAACAUCAGCGGGCUCUGAUUUCCAGAUCCCUCUGAUCAUAUGUGGGGAUUUCAAUGCAGUCCCAAAUGAGGAGGUGUACUGUCGUUUUGUCACAUCUCCUCUUGGUUUGGACUCGGCUUAUAAGAAACUCAGCAAAGAUUGUUCGACAGAGCCACAGUACACAACAUGGAAGAUUCGCCCUACGGGUGAAUGCUGCACCACUCUGGACUACAUUUGGUACACUCGGGACACGCUGAGGGUGGACGCCGUCUUGGAUAUGCCCUCGGAUAAAGAGAUUGGUCCUAACAGGCUCCCGUCCUUCAGCUAUCCUUCAGACCACCUCUCUCUAGUUUGUGAUUUCAGCUUUAAGGAAGACCAGUGAUUGGGAAACAAGGAUUCUGUGGACAACGUACGUCGUCAUAAUUGGCCUGUGAAACAACAACAACGAGGAAGGAAAGAAACCAAAUCUUGCAAAUGAACUGAAAUAUUUUCUACCCCCUGAACUUUGACACAUUUAGAGUUUCCAGAGCUCUACCUUCAAGUGUGCUCUGAUGGACAAAUGUGCACAACACAUCUGAUAUUAAAUCCUGACAAAAUUGGACUGAAACUGUAACAUGCUGUUAGUGAACUGACUGUAAUAAACAUAAUUUUGUUAUAAUUUUUUA